GCUGAAGGAGCAUCAGGUUGGCAGACGUGUCGCCGCCAUCUUAACAUGAUAAUUACGUUGUGAUGCGGUUGGAAAUUUUAGAAUUUUUGCUCGAAGUGCGAAUUGUACAAUGCGAAUUUACACAGUAUUACGUUCAUCACGUACGUUCAGUUUAGUAGCUGACACUGUACAUAUCUGUUAAGUUUCCGCGAUCGAGUGCUCACCGAGCGUGUAACGUGUAACGUUUCCCGCCUCCUCGUACUUAGAUUCAAGAGAGAUUGAAGCAUAAUGUCUACACCAGCCAAGCGUAUGACACGCUUGAGAACUCGUCAACUAUCUGUGAAGGUUGCACCUGAAAAUGAGUUCAAACUUGGAAAAUCUACUAAUAAAAACUCAAAGACAGUUGCUAUCAAUAAAAGUUCAAAGACGGGCACUAUCAAUAAAAAUUUAAAGAAGGUUAAUGUUAAUGCACAAGGCAAAAAUUUGAGCAUAUCAAAGAGCAUACAAAAUGUAUCUUUAAGAAAGAGUCGAAUAUCACCAAAAUGUUUGCGUCCUCGUACAAAUAGAAAAAAUUACUGUGAUGAUUCAAAAUUGUUGAAGCAACAGGACAGUGUGGUAAUACUGGAAAAGCUAAAUGUAAAAGGCAAAAAAAAAGUACCUGUGUACAAAGCUAUUGAACCUUCUAAGAAAUCCUUGGAAGAUAAAAAUGACGUGUAUGAUUUUAAGUUUGAUACUAAUGACUCAAGAGAGAAGGCUAAGAAGAAACAAAGGAAAAGAAAUGUUAAUAAAGAAAAAGGCAAAAUAAGUAAGAAGACAAAUAAGAAAGUUACUGUAAAAAAAAUUAACCGCGAGGUAAUUGAAUCUCCUGACCCUAAAGCAAGUUCUUCUGUGAAGAUUACACAAAACAAUCCUCCUUUAGAAUUUGCAGUACCUACAAAAUCAACGAGGGAAAAUAUCACAAACAUUGAAACAUUAGAAAUAAAUAUGGAUGUUCAAACUGUAGAGAAAUCGAUAAACAAAGAUAUUGAGAAGGAUAUUGAACAAUCAAGAAUAGACGUGAGUGUUCAUAUAAUAGAAAACUCAACAGAAGAUACUGCGAAGAACAUACAAUCAAGACCUGACAAAGUUACAAAUAUUCAAGCUGCAGAAGAGACACCUGUACUUCGCAGAUCAUUUGCAAAACAAGUUAGAAAGGAAGAAUCAAGCAAGCCAAGAAUUAUAUCUGUUGAAAAUGCAGAUAAUAUUAUAGUCACUAGAACUCCACCUAAUAAUAUUGAAGAUUCACGGCCCUUUCGGCCGAAAAAUAUAUUUGAUAAUAAAAUCUCGUUGAAGGAAUCCAACAUUACGUUGAGAAAUUCGUUAUUGAUGGACAUUUUGUCUCCCAUUGUGAAGACGUCAAGUGCCUGUGAUUUUGGAAGUCCAUGGCGACCUCCAAUAGUAACAUUCUCUCAAACUAAACAUUUUAUUCAGAGUACACCCUUUAGAAACUUUGAAAAAAGUAAAGAAAUUAAGAAAAUAACUAAAAAGAACAUUGAAACGAAUAAGGAAAACAUGGAAAUGGACAAAAAGAACAUAAAAAUGGAUAAAGAAAACAUAAAAAUGGAUAAAGAAAACAUAAAAAUGCAUGAAAAGAACAUGGAAAUUGAUAAAGAGAAUAUAAAAAUGGAUGAAGAGAACAUGCUAAUGGAUAAAGAGAACAUGGAAAUGGAUAAAGAGAAUAUGGAAAUGGAUAAAGAAAAUAUGAAGAUGAAUAAAGAAAAUAAAGGCCGGAGGAACAAAGAAAGAAAAAAAGCUAUUAGUCCUCGCAAAAAGUUUCUGCAAAAGAAACUUCUAAUUUCAGAGAAUAAGGCUCCAGAGAAAGUUCGAGCAGUAGUUGCAAUUAAGUCAGACUUAGCAGCACCUGCCAGAGUAUCCCUGGGAGAAAUAAAGAAUUUGUUGCAUAGACCAAAUGUUAAUAACGAUAACAAACAAACAAUAGAUCAAACACAUUCUGAAGUUGAUAAAUCACUUGCAGAACAAAAAGAGAAACUGCUUGUGGAUUAUCUCAACUUUUCUGACACAUUUGACAUCUUAUCUGAAACUGAGAGAUUAUCAAAUAUUGGAGAUGAAGCUCCCCUGUUUCUGGAUUUAGAACCCACACGCUUUACGAAGCCACCCCAACAUUCAUACAAGAGAAAACGUGCCGUGAGGUUCGAUUUUUCACAAGAUAGUGGUGAAGAAGAAAAAGAAGAGAAAGAAAAUAUCAAAUCACGUCCGAAGAAAAAGAAACUUACAAAAACAGAAAAAGAGCAGGAGAAAAGAAUAAAUGAAUGGAUAAAAACAGUUAAUACCACAUUUCAAGAAAUUGAAGAGCAUGACUUGGUAAUAGAGUAACAGGGGAAAAACUGAAUUGUUAUUGUUACUGCACAUAUAUUUUGAGAUUUUAGAAGACCUGAAAGAGUUCAAAAUCUGCACAAUUUAACGAGCAGUUUUUUUUAACUUGUGUUUAAAUUAACUGUUUACGAUGAUGAUGUUUAACUCUAUGGUAUCUUUAUAUUCUUUUCUUAAAUAUUUUUUAUACACCUAAAAUUUUAUUCACAAUAGAGAAAAUAAUUUCAAAAGUAUAACUAUAUGAAUUUCAAAACUAUUGAUUCAGAGAACCAGACGUUUUUUCCAUAUUUUUACAAGUCCUAAUAAAAAUUUUAUUUAAAAAAUUUUAUUUAAAAAAAUCUUAAAGGUUUUAGUAUUUGCUUAUAUGAAUCUCUAAUUAUGUUUAUGUAAAAUGCAAAGUAAUUUUUAUAGUUGUAUGAUAAUAGAAUUAAAAAUAGAUUAAGAAUUAAACUUGCGCGUAUUUGGAAUGUAAUAACUAUACGGGAUAGAGAUAUUAGGACGAUAAUAAUUAUAUUAGAUAACUAUACUCAAAUAAGUAUGUUUAUUAGCACGUUGUACAUAAUAAAAUAUUUGUAAACUUUCA